AUGAACACUCAGGCUAUACCUACUGCCCAUCCAGUUGUGGAUGCCUCAUUUGCGAAGGCUGCUUUAUUUGUCAAAUUACACUUUUCUACAGAAUCUACGCUUUUCGUAUGUCCUAGUUGGGAGGUCAUCGUAGACGCUGCAAUAACACUUUCGCAAGGAAUCACUGGGACUGAAAAGCCUACGGUUGUACACACGAGUGCGGAAAGCGACAGACUUGCUGCAUUAUUCGUCGAGGAAAUGACAGGGUCCCAAAUCGCAGGACAUUGGCUUGCUGCAUUAAUGAGUUUUUCAUGGGAUUCGGAGAAGGGUAGGCCUCUUAAGGACUUCUACGUGCACUGUAUGAUAGCCUAG